AACGGGUCUCGCUUUGCGGCGGGGCUUUGCGACCUCCCGAGGCGGAAGUGGUUGUGUGGUGGUGAGGAGAAGGCCUGUGGCGGAGGAGGCGGCGCCGGGAUGGGGAGCGCGGGGAGCCGGGCCGAGGACGAGGAGGACGAGGAGGCGGAGGAGGGCGAGGCCGGAGCAGCAGGAGGAGCAGGCGCGGAGCUGCCGGCCGAGGCCUCUCCCGCGGGCCCGGCCCUGGCGGCCUCUGCCCCGGGCGCGGUGCCGGCGGCGGCGGUGCUGCUGGGCCAGGCCCGCCUGCGCGAGGAGGCCGCCGCCCGCCUGCGCCUCUCCGCGGGCCCCGCGCCGCCCCGCGCCCGCCACCACGCCGCCCUGGCCCGCUGCCUGGAGGAGUGCCUGGCCCGCGGGGAGCGCGCCGUCUCCCGGCAGCACCUGGCCCACGCCCUGCGCGCCGCCGCCGACGCCCCGCAGCCCCACGAGCACGAGCCGCGCCCCCGCGCCCACGACCAGGACGAGGAGGAGGAGGCCUUUGCCCAGUUCGACACGGAGGGCGAUGGCAUGGUGGAUGUGGAGAACAUGCUGGAGAUGCUCAAGAGCUCCGCCGCCGGCGGCAGUCUUCACGGGGAGCUCAGCCACGUGAUCCGGCAGCUCCAGGCGUGUUCACUUGUCCCAGGUUUUAUAGACAUAUUUUCAGAAUCCAACGAGCGCCUUAGCCAUCACGCUUCCACGAUCCUGCGGUUCCUGCGCCGGCACCGUAUUGCCAGCACUGCCAUCCCGUAUCCCGUCUUGGAAUACUUCAACAACAUUUGCACUAUGCGUUCGGCGGUCCUGAAGGAUUCUUUAGACCGGAUGCUCCUCAAAGAAAAGGAGUGUCCCGGUGACUUGAGUGGGAACCAGGAGUUGGACAAAUUCAAAUCCGUUUCAAAGUGCUACACUCACAUAGAAACGUCCUCCAACUCUGAGGAUAUCGACAAAAUGACAAACGGAGAGACUUCCUCCUACUGGCAGUCCGACGGAAGCGCCCGGUUGCAUUGGAUACGGCUGAAGAUGAAGCCGGACGUGGUCCUGAGGCACCUCUCGAUCGCGGUCGCGGCCAACGACCAGAGCUACAUGCCGCAGCAAGUGACGGUCUCGGUGGGCAGGACGGCCAGCAACCUCCAGGAGGUCCGCGAUGUUCACAUUCCCAGCAAUGUUACUGGAUAUGUGACGUUGUUGGAAAACGCUAACAUUAGUCAGAUGUACGUGCAGAUCAACAUCAAGCGCUGCCUGAGCGACGGCUGCGACACCCGCAUCCACGGCCUGCGGGCGGUGGGCUUCCAGCGGGUGCGGAAGGGCGGGGUCUCGGUCUGCGACGCCUCGGCCAUCUGGUGCUGGUCGCUGCUGACCUCCCUGGUGACCGCCUCCACCCAGACCAGCCCGCCCAUCGUCCACGCCAUCCUGCAGAACACGCAGAAGGCCCUGCAGCACAUGCCGCCCCUCUCUCUCUCGCCCGGCUCCACCGACUUCUCCCGUUUCUUGUCUCCCAACGUCUUGGAAGAAGUGGACAGCUUCCUCCUGGGCAUCACCAGCCACUACGUGACCCCAGAGGUGGAGCUGACCUUGCUGGCCUUCUCCUUGGCCCGAGGGAGCGUCUCCAAAGUGCUGAGCGCCCUCUGCGCCAUCGCCGACCACCCCGAGACCCCCUACCAGGCCGCUCCCCUGACCGCCUCCAUGGCCGCCGUCCGGCAGAAGCUGCUCUACAAAUACGGAGCGUCCUUACGGCUGACCCUGCAAGCCUGCGACGUCAAGGGGAAGGAGGACACGUCUGGGCCCGAAAACCUCCUGGUGGAGCCCUGGACCGGGGACGGCUUCCUGACGGAGACCGGGAAGAGAAGGGCCAGCGUCAUCCUCGCCAGCGGGACGGAAGCAGCCUUGCAGGUCACGCAGAUCAGGAUCAAGGUCCGGAGGGGAGCCAUCGGGGCCCGGUGCGGGUUGGUCUUUGCCUACAACGACCCCUCGUCCGAGAAGUUUCACGCAGAAGGACACUUCAAGCGGUUCGAGAGCUACGACAAGUGGAAGCUGGAAGACUUCCGGGAGUUUUUGAAGAACAGGAGCGGCGCUCCCUCGGACGAGCUGGGAGAAGACGACCCGGUGGGCUGGUUUGAGGCGGAGGAGGAGUGGGACGAGGUGGAGGUGAAGGUGCAGCCGUGCCGCGUUGCCCAGUUCCUGAUGGUGAAGUUCCUGUGCCCGCGGCAAGAGAAGGCGGAGCGGCUGGGCGUGCAAGGCCUGUGCGCCCUGGGCUACCUGCGGCCCCCCUCGCCCCAGCCCGGACGCAGCCUGGCCUGCCUGCACUGCCCCCGCCCGGAAGGGGCCACCCUCUGCGGGGUCACCCUCCUCCUCAGGACACUCGCCUUCGUCCAGCAGCUCGCGCAGGACCUGGUUCAGAAGAAGGAAAGCGGCCUCCGCUACAGACCCUACCUGGACUUUUCAGGCCUGGACUUGAAGCUCUUCUGGAAUUUCUAUCGCAAACUGCUUGACAACCCCCGGCAGGAGUGUGUGGAGGGCCAGGCCCUGCUGCUGCGCCUCCUCCGGAGCUGCUUCUCGGCACUUCCCUCCCCGGACGGGGCCCCCGAGUCCCAGGCGGCAGCCGAGGCCGGAACCCCGAGUGCGGAUCCCGGCGACAGGCAGGCCGCGGAGGAGCUCCACCGGCACCUCUGCCAGGUUGUGGACGGUGACAGUGAGCUCCCGUCACUCCAGGCCUUGAAGCAGGAGGUGACGGACACCUUGCUCAACGGGGCCGCCAUCUUCUUCCCCCAAAGACGGAUCCGGCGGGAGCAGCUCUUUGCAAUGUUGAAGAACAUCACAGAACAGGAGCACAAGCCGUCGGUGCAGCUCACGUUCAGGUCCCUCUGCGCAUAUUUCAGCGAUCAAGAUCCGGGGGGGCUUCUGUUACUCGCAGACAAAGGGACGUCUGCCGAAGUUGACAUCGAUCAAGUGCUGUCGGUGAUGGAGACGCUCCUGAUGGUGAUGUCAAGAGAGUGCGAAAUGCUGGCGCUGGGGGCGGCCCAGCCGGACUCGGGCCCCGUGCUCUCCUCCUUGUUCUGGUCGGUGCAGGGCAGCCUCCUCUCCUGGUGCUACUUGCAGAUGAAGGGCAGCCAGGCCGCCCCCAAGAAGCUGGCCGCAGACAUCCUGACCAAGUACGUGCGGCAGUUCCUGUCCAGCGCCACGGCCGUUCUGGAGCCGCUCCUGGCCGAGCACGGCGGGAAGAGCCUGGAGGAGGCCCUGGGCAGCUCCGUCUUCUCCCUGGUGUCCCGACAGCUGAUGACCUUCCUGCAGGACUUCUGCGCCUUGGACGUCCCCCACCGGACUCUCCUGCAGGACGUCAGCACAUUGACCCCGCUGCUGAAGGAGCUCUCGCUGGGGCCGGGAGAGGGAGCUCCCCAUCAGAUGGGCCUGGAGGGCUUGCAGCAGGAGCAGCCGGUGGUGCUGCGGGUGUGGACCGUGGAGUCUCCCCACAACUACGACAACAACUGCCACGACUUCACCGUCUUCCUUUGCCCGGGGGCCACGUACUUCGAGGUGGAGUUCGACGACCGAUGCGAAACAGAGAGGAGGUACGAUUAUCUGGAAUUUACGGAUGCCAGAGGCGGGAAAACGCGCUACGACACCAAAGUGGGGACCGACAAGUGGCCCAAGAAAGUGACCUUCAAGGCCGGCCCGCGGCUGCAGUUCCUCUUCCACUCGGACAGCAGCAACAACGAGUGGGGCUACCGCUUCUGCGUGACGGCCUACGGCCUGCCGGACCUGGAGGUCUCGUGGGGCCUGGACCUCCACCUCCUGGUGGCCCGCCUCAUGGGCCGCCUGGCCGCCCACAGCAUGGCCCUCCACCACCAACACCACGGAAACGAAGCCGAUCUGCUUCCGGCGAAGGUGACGGCGGUGCUGAGCUCCCCGCUGUGGAAGCCGGUCUUCCGGCACCGGAUGUGUUCGGAGCAGGACGCGGCAGAGAGCGGGCCCAGCCAAGAGGCUUCUGUCUCCGAGGCCAGUGACUGCCGCCAGUUCCUCCUGGACUUCUCCAAGUCAGACCCCGGCCAGGCGUUUUCUGGGCCAAACUCUGAGCUUUUCGAGGGUCUCGCGCAGGCGUGCAGAAAGCCGGCCCCCAAGACGGAUAUCGUGGCCGGCUCCACCGUGGACCAGGCCAUCCAGUCCGCCUUUGCCGCUUUGGUCUACCUCUCCCCAGACCUGUUUGAGAAGCUGCAGACCUACGUCAACAGCGGAGGCCAGAUGCCCCUGAGCGAAGAGUUUGCCCAAGUGUACUCCGUGGCCGACGGGAUCCGGAUAUGGAUGCUAGAGAUGAAGCAGAAGUUUCUGAUGGACCAAGGCAGCGACGGGGAGGAGAGGCCGGGCGGAGAGGUGGACCAGGUCAGCCCGGAAACGCUCGCCCAGCAGUGCAUCCAGAAGAGCCGCCUGCUGCUGAGCUUCCUUCCGGAGCGGAGGGCGGGGCCAGUGGAGGCGGGGUGGGCGGCGCAGGCGGAGGCGGGGGGCCGGUGCCCGAGGGAGGGGCCCCGCCGGACCAGCUCGCUGCUGGAGGCCGACUUCCAGCCCUCGACGGACUCCUCGUCUCCGGCGCCGCCUCCCUCCGGAUGGCCCGGCUUCCCCUUCCCCGGGGAGCCCAAGAGGACGCCCCCGCCCCAGGCCGUAGUGCCCCCCGCGGUAGUGCCGCCCCCGCCCUCGCCACCCCCGGAGGCCCCCUCGCCGCCCUCCACGCCCACCCGCAAGCCGCCCUUCAGCCGCGGGAGGCUCCGCCUGCUCUCCUUCCGCUCCAUGGAGGAGUCCCGCCCGGCGCCCAGCAUCAAGGAGAAGCACCCCAUCCUCAAGCACGCCCUGGACUUCAUCAAGGACCAGUCGCUCUCCCACCAAAGCGUGCUGAGGGUGCUGGCGAUGCGCAAGGCGCAGGCGCAGAACGUGCUGGAGGUGCUGAGGAUGACCCUGCGCUGCCUGGAGGCCUUGGGCCGCCCCCACUGCUUCGCCCCGCCCUGCGUGGCCUUCCUCCUGGAGCUCCUCGCCUCCCACAAAGACUUCACCACCCAUUUGGGACACUUGGAAGGCUGUGGGGCGAAGCUACACCGGGAAAUACGGGCCUCGUACCACCAGCUGCUUCUCUUUCUGGUCAAGGCGCUGAAAGGAUUCGACAACCUUCGCGACAAAUCGCUGCUCCCGGCCUUGUCCUGCGUCCAGACGUGCCUCCUCCACCUCCUGGACAUGGGCUGGGAGCCGAGCGACCUGUCCUUCUUUGUUGACAUCCAGCUGCCGCGCCUCCUGCUCACCGUCUCCCAGGAGAACAUCGGCUCCCACCUCACGGCCUCCCGUCAAUGGAGCGAAGAAGAGGAAAUGUCCGACUACAAGCAGAACUCGGAGUGGAUGGACGAGUGCCAGGAAGGGGUCUUUGAGAUCUGGUUCGACAAGAUCAGCCAAGCCGAUCCGGAGAAGCAGCGAAAGAUGCACAUGUUCAUUGCCCGCUACUGCGACCUGCUGCGCGUGGACUUCUCCUGCAACGGCUGCGACGAGAUCUCGCCCUGGCACCGCUACCGCUGCCUGAGCUGCAACGACAUGGACCUCUGCAAGGCCUGCUUUUUGGGCGGGGUGCGGCCGGAGGGCCACGAAGCCCACCACGAGAUGGUGCACAUGGCGCACACCUGCGGGCAGUGCCGGGGCGUCAUCGUGGGCCAGCGCGCGCACUGCGACGUGUGCCAGGACUUGGACCUCUGCUUCGGCUGCUACUCCACAAAGAAGCCCCCCGACAGCCACCUGCCCAGCCACAGCGUCACGCUGCACCCCACGCUCACCGUCCGGGCCAGCGAGCGCCACCGGCCCAUCCAGCCCUACCUUCACAACUAUUCCUGGCUGCUCUUCUCGGCCCUGGCCCUCUACAGCGCAGACCUGGCCGGGGGCGGGGGUCCGGCGGAGGGAGAGCCCCCCGACCCGCAGGCCGUCUCCUCCGCCCGGGCCCUGCGGCAGGAAUUCCUGGAGCUGCUCGGAGAUUGCCUGGUGAAAGCGCAGCCGGGGAAAGGUCUGAAAGGUCCCACCUUGCUCUCCAUGUUGCCCGAAGGCGAAAACUUUGACGAAAACGCGGCCCCGUCGGUUGGCGCUUCCGCAGACACUGAGACGCAACACUUUGCAAACGAGGACGUGGUGGGAAGCCUCCUGGCGACGCCUGCGCCUUUCGAACAUUGCAACGGAAACGGGAAGGACACCCUGGACGAACGGGACCCAGACAGUCGGAAGGGAGUGAGCGGCGCUUCCAAUGGACUUCCGCCCACGAAGAAGGCCACGUCCUGUUCCGAAUCCCUGUCUCCAGGCGCCGACGAUUUCGCCGACAGGGCAAAGGCGGCAUCCGUGCAAGAGGCCCUCUUUGCCGAAUGCUCCCAGAAGAGGAUCCUGGGCCUCCUGGCGGCCAUGUUGCCUCGCCUGAAACCGGGCCCGGGGACGCUGCCGCUGCCCGGCCUGGACGUGGUCCUGCCGCUCCUCUUCCAGGAGGUGAUCUCCAACGCCGGGCGCCUGAACGAGGCCUACCACCUGGCGCUGGGGCUGCUGGGGCAGGUGGUACGGAGGCUGCCCCCGGCGGAGGUGGACGCGACCCUGGGCAAGGUCUUCUCGGCCAAGCACGGCCCCGCCGCGGCCGGAGAGGGACCCUCGGCCGCCCCCCACGGCUGGAAGACCACCCACCUGCUCUUCAGCCUCGGAGCCGCCUGCCUGGACAGCCGCCUGGGCCUGGACUGGGCCUGCAUCCUGGCCGAGGCCCUGGGCGCCCUGGGCGCCUCCCCGCAGUGGCACGGCGUGGUCUCGUCCUUCACGGAGCACUGCGUGAGGCAGCUGCCCUUCCAGCUGAAGCACACCAACCUCUUCGCCUUGCUGGUCCUGGUCGGCUUCCCAGAGGUCUUGUGCACGGGAAGCCGGGCGGCAUACGUGGACGUGGCCAACGAGGCCCACGACGUGGUCGUCCUCAAGCACUUUGCGGAGAAGGACCGGGCGGUGAUCGUGGACGUCAAAACGCGGAAGCGGAAAGCAGUGAAGGACAUCCAGCUGGUUCAGCCCUGCGGCCGGGACGACGACAACAGCGGGGAGCCCGAGGGCCACCUGCGGCCGUACGUCCGGCACUUUGUGUCCAUCGCUUGCCACCUUCUCCAGAGCGGCGUGGACAGCGGCUCCGCGGAGGCGGUGGAGGCCACGUGGGUCUUGUCCCUGGUCCUGAAAGGCCUCUACCAGACGCUGAAGACGCAGGCCUUUGAAGAAAUACGGACAGCCUUCCUCCAGACGGGUUUGCUGAAACUGUUGGUGAAGAAGUGCAGCAAAGGGACCGGCUUCAGCAAGACCUGGCUCCUCCGGGACCUGGAGAUCCUGUCCAUGAUGCUCUACUCCUGCAAGAAGCAGGCGGGAUCCCUGGCGGAGGAGCACAAGGAGGAAGAGCCGGAUCCGGAGCGGGAUCCGGACCAGGCCGCCGCCGCCACGGGGGCCACGCAAGGCCGCCUCGACCCUCUGGAAGGCCUGGACGAAACCACCAAGAUCUGCUUCCUGAUGACGCACGAUGCCCUGGAUGCCCCCCUGCACAUCCUCCGGGCCAUGUACGAGCUGCAGAUGAAGCGGAGGGAUUCCUUCUUCUUGGAGGUUCAGAAGAGGUUCGACGGCGACGUGGUGACGACGGACGAGAGGAUCCGGACGCUGGCGCAGAAGUGGCAGCCGGGCAAGCGCCUCCGCCCCGAGGAACACGGCAACAAGGCCCUCGACACCGACAUGGUCAUCGUGCCCGGCCUGUCCAAGCCGGCCCCGUGCGCCUCCGCCUCGGAGGAGUCCAGCCCGGUCACGCAGAAGCUGAUCUCCAGCACCGAGGCCGACCUGCGGCUGAGCUACGCCAAGCAGCGCCGCGCCAAGAGCGCCGUCCUGCUGCGCAAGGAGCUGGAGCCCUCGCCCUCGCCCUCUCCGCGCCGGGGGGGCCCGCGGGGGGCCCGGGGCUUCCUGUACCGGCUGCACAAGGCCACCGCCGUCCUCUACGCCCGGCACAGCCUGGCCCUGCUCCUGGCCCAGUGGCCCCCCCAGGACCCCCUGGGGCCCGAGAUGCUGGAGCUCAGCGGGCCCGCCCACAUGGCCUACAUCCUGGACAUGCUCCUCCAGCUCGAGGAGAAGACCCUCUGCGAGAAGAUCCUGCUGAAGGUGCUGCGCAGCUGCGACGAGGGCAUGCUGUCGACCAUGGCGCUGACGGCCUGCCAGUUCAUGGAGGAGCCCGGGGUGGCCGUCCAGGCGCGGGAGUCCCAGCACCCCUACAACAACAACACCAACUUCGAGGACAAGGUCCACAUCCCGGGCGCCAUCUACCUCUCGGUCAAGUUCGACCCGCAGUGCAACACGGAGGAGGGCUGCGACGAGCUGGUGGUGUCCAGCAGCGGGGACUUUGCCCACGACCGGCACACCUUCAGUGGGCCUCCCCACAAGUGGGCCGACUUCGAGCUCCCAGGAGACACCCUGCACUACCGCUUCACCAGCGACAUGAGCAACACCGAGUGGGGGUACAAGUUCACGGUCACGGCCGGGCACCUGGGCCGCUUCCAGACAGGCUUUGAGAUCCUGAAGCAGAUGCUGUCGGAGGAGAGGGCGGUCCCGCACAUCCCGCUGGGCGAAGUCUGGGCGUGGCAGGUGGGCGUGGCCUGCCGGCAGACGGGGCACCAGCGCCUCAAGGCCCUCCACUUGCUCCUACGCAUCGUCCAGCGCUGCGGCCGCGGGGACUGCGACCUGGCCUUGCUGCGCCCGCUGUGGCGGCUGUUUGGCUGCCUGGAGAGCGGCCUCCGUCACGAGGCGUCCAAGCCGGGCCUCCUCCUCCCGCUCCACCGGGCCCUGACCGAGCUCUUCUUCGUGGCCGAGAGCAAAGCCCGCGACCUGGGCUCCCUGCAGGACUACUUGCUUGCCUUAAACACGGACGACCACCUCCACCACUGCACCGCACAGGCCCUGCAAAACAUUGCCGCGAUCAGCCUUGCCAUUAACUACCCCAACAAAUCGACCGGCCCUUGGAACGUUUAGUCUCCGUCGGACGGUUUCUCUCCCGGGGAGUCCCGGCCAGGAGGACGAUGGGGAACGAACGGGGCCUCUUUCCCGCCUUGGGGGUGUGGAUGCCGGACCCAGAAACCCAAACGUAUCCGCCCGAAGCGUCUUCCGUGGCCGGAGGCGACGGAGGAAGGAUUGGUGGGGUUGCGGCUGAGACCAAAAACUUGCCGUCUUCCUUUUUCCUUUUUUUGGCGUCCCAUCACUUUCGUCUCCAUCCAAUUUCAACACUUGCAGCCUGGAAAGAAAACGUACGUUUUUUCGGACGUGUGCAGAAGCGCGAGUCAACAACAGUACAUGGUCAGGACUUGUUUCUCGUCGUACGUUUUUUCGGACGUGUGCGGAAGCCGAGGAGCUCCGUCUCAGGGGAAGGCGGAAGCCCGUCUGUGUCCGGACUGGGCUCCGACUUGAACUCGAUUGCAAGCGCUCAGCCGUUCGUCCCGCUUGGCUUCCCGGAACAAUAAUUCGCAACUGCUUCUUCUGAAGUCGAAAGGGAUUGCUGGCCAUGUUUCUUCUGCCAAACUCCCUGAAGGAGGAGUUUUCUACGAACCUGCCGAAGCCGAGAGAGAAGGCUACACAAUCCGAUCGGGCCUUGUUUUUGUUGUUAAUUCAUUCUGUCGCUUCCGACUCUUUGUGACCUCAUGGACCGUCCCACGCCAGAGCUCAGUUCAGCCGUCAGUGGAUAGGAAGGAAUUGAAUGUUCGAUGCUGGAAGAAGCACGGCUCUUGAGAUAGGAAUCAGCAGGAUUCUGUGUUGCUGGGUUGCUGUGAGUCUUUGGGGCUGUAUAGCCAUGUUCCAGCCCAAAAGACUCCCAGCAACCCAGUGAUUUCGGCCAUGAAAGCCUUCGACAAUACAGGAAGGCUACUGUUUCAUUUUCGAAGGCUCGCAGAAGUCUCUUGUUGGGUGCCACGGGAUUCCCGGGAACGAAGAAAGUCCCGUUGUCGUUAUUGCAAGUCUUGCGGGACCCGUCUGAGCGCCUUUCCCUUCUGUCUUCAAAACUUCAGGAAUCCCGCCGUGUCCUGGCUUCCCUCCUCCUGGGCUUUGGCGUGACGCAUGGCCAGGUGCAUGGGUUUCCUGGUCGGGCAAAAGCCUUUGUUCCUGGGUUGCUCUUCCCAUUCCUCCUUGUCGUCGGAAGAAUUGCAAGAAGAAGCAGAAGAAGGGCUGGACUGAGUUUACCGCAGAGUUUCAGAGGCGAGACACAGAUUGGCUAAACCAGGCCUGGGCCAUCAUUUGGCCCUCCGGGUGUUUGGGACUCCAACUCCCACAAUUCCUAACCGCCGGUGAUUUCGGCCAUGAAAGCCUUCGACAAUACAGGAAGGAUACUGUUUCGUUUUCGAAGGCUCGCGGAAGUCUCUUGUUGGGUGGCACGGGAUUCUCGGGAACGAAGAAAGUCCCGUUGUCAUUAUUGCAAGUCUUGCGGGACCCAUCUGAGCGCCUUUCCCUUCUGCCUUCAAACCCUCAGGACUCCUGGCUUCCCUCCUCCUGGGCUUUGGUGUGACGCAUGGCCAGGCAAAUGGGUACUCCCAGGCCUUCCUCCCGACCCUCCGCGCGAGCUUUCCUGGGUGUCUGGAAGCCUUCAUUUUUGGACGGCACGGUAUUCCCGGGAAAGAAGAAAGCAACGUCAUCGUUGUCAUUGCAAGUGCUGUGAGACUUGCCCGAGUGCCCUUCCCUUCUCCUGCCUUCAAACCUUCAGGACUCCAGCCGCGUCCUGGCUUCCCUCCUGGGUUUUGGCGUGACGCAUGGCCAGGCACACGGGUGCUCCCAGGCCUUCCUCUUGACUCCUCCGCACGUGCUUUCCUGGUCGGACGAAAGCCUUUGUUCCUGGGUUGCUCUUCCUAUUCCUCCUCCUUGGAAGAAUUGCAAGAAGAAGAAGCAGCAGAAGAAGGGCUGGACUGAGUUUACUGCAGAGUUUUAGAGGCGAGACGCAGAUUGGCUAAACCAGGCCUGUUUGGGUGUUUGGGACUCCAACUCCCACAAUCCCUAACCGCCGGUGAUUCCGGCCAUGAAAGCCUUCGACGAUAUGAUCUAUAUCUGCUCGAUGAAGGAACCACAAUCACUGUUCUCUCCCGCCCGCUUCUGUUGCUCAACAUUUUUUCCGGGUUUAUUUUCUUUUUUGAUCCGUCGUUUUGGAAAACGUCGUUUUGGCACGAAUCACAUUUGGUUUGACAUUUUUUUACGGGAAGAGCCGCCCCUUUCGAUUUAUUUCUGUUUGGUUUCGGCGCGGUAUUGAAAAUAAAAGAGAGGAUGUGAUAUAUGCCGCGGAUAUAUAUGCAAAUGAAGAGAUAUAUUGUAAAAAGAAGAAUCUAUUAAAAAUGAAAGCGCA